UUUGAAUUCGGGACGCGCUCAUACAACUUCUCAAGGUUGUGGCUCGCCUGCCGUAUUGUGGACAGGGUAUAUGGAUUCUAAACCCCGUGAAUCCAGGACGAACUUUCGAGUGGGCUGUAAAAAAUGUGGAUUUACCGGCCACUUAACAUUUCAAUGUCGCAAUUAUUUACGCGGUGGUGUCUCAGGUGAUGUAGUUCUAGAUGUAAGCAGUACCAGUUCUCAGUCUGAUGAAAGCGAGAUAAUUGCAGCAGCUUUAGAAUUACGACGUGCUUCAAUGGCUGCAAAGAAGAAGAAAAUGAAAGAGAAGAAACAAGUUUCGAAGCGAAAGCACUCCACAACAGGGUCUUCAGAAAGUAGUAGUAGCAGAUCGUCCACCCCCGAUCAUCAUCAUCGUCAUCAUAAGAAAAAACAUAAAUCGAAGAAGCUACAUAAACACCCAAAAAGAAAGCAUAAACAUUCUAGAAGUGAAUAACUUGGUGUUUUUUUGGUGAAGGCUUUGAUUCCUUAUCUAUGUACAGAUUUCUCUGUAAUGAAAUAAAUUGUUACUCUUU